AUGGAUGUCACUGGGGGAGGGGACACUGCAUCUCCCUACGAGAGUGAUCGAGACGGUCCUGGGGAUAACUCGAACGCUACCCAGAACGCUUCCACCACCUUAUUGAGCAAUGGCGAUUCCCCGUCUUCGCAUGAAGACAACAAGUUCCAGAGUGCCAUCUCGGCCUGGAGAAAUAUUAACCUGACCAAGCUCGUCCCAGAGCUCGAUUCUACAGCCACCGAUAUUGUUACACAUCAACGAGAUGCAUUGUUGUCACGCAAGGAUCUGGCGCAGAAGACGAAGGAUUUCAGGAAGCUGGACGACGCUGCCAAGCUGGGGGAGUUCAAGGGUCUCUUGAAAGCCUACCAGACCUUUAUUGACCUCCUCACAAGUCAUGGAAAGACUACAUCUUCGGCCUUCCUGCAAAUUUACUCUUCUGUCUCCGAAGCCCCAGAUCCGUACCCAUUGCUUGAAGCAUCUGUUGAUGCGCUUUUGCUGUCUGAGGAUACGCUUCCCAAGCUUACGUCUGAGAAUGGACACCUCCAGAACAGUAUCAGCAAUCUUACGCAGCAGUUAGACAACUUGGACCGCCAAGUAGAGGAAGAACGUGCAGCUAGGAAGGCGCUAGAAGAAUCACGAGAUUCUAAGAUCAAGGAGGUGGAAACCUCAUGGAAGGCUGUAGUCGAAGAGAAGAAAGACAAUUGGAAAGCCAAGGAACGAAGUAUGGAAGAGAAGAUUGAAAGCCAAGAACGUCUCAUGAACGAGCUGAAAGCUAGCUACGAAGUUUCACAGCGCUUGGGCCAAGAUGGAGACGGCGAGAAUGAAGCCCAUCACAGCUCUGCCAGCGCUGCUGAAUUAGAGAUUGUGAGCUCAGAUCUCGACAGAACUAGCCAACGCUUGGCUGAAGUUGAGGCAAGGAACGAGCAGUUGAGGGUGGAGCUUGCAGAAGCCUCCUCGAGUGCCCAGCGAAAGUCCGCUGUAGAUGACGACCCCAACAAUGCACGUCUAAGGUCCGAAAACUCCGCGCUGUUGAGAAAAUUGGACAAAAUCAGGCUAGAAAAGGAUUCAGAGACCAGGAAACGGGAAACUCGCAUCCGUACACUGGAGAAGAACGCUCAGAUGCUAGAGCGUGAUAGAGAAGGGCUGCGUGAGCGUGUACAAUCAUGGCGUGACUACGAUGAAAUCAAACAGGAGCUGGAGAUUUUCAAGUCAAUCGAGUUCUCUACUCUCGACGAGGACGACGCCAGCCCGGUUGGCGAUGGUGAGGGCAAUAGCGAUCUGAGUCCUGUCAACGGCGUGGUCUCAGGAGACAAAAAGGACUCGCUUGAACAGCUGCUGCUUGCAAGAAAUAAAAAGCUAAGCAACGAAAUGGCAGUGCUGAGAGUUUCGCAUCAAGAUCUGCAAAAGCAGCUGGAAUGGAUGCAGGAGACCAUGUCAAACACGAACUCAGAUCUAGAACAUGCACAGAAUCUGAACGCGACUCUGGAAACGGACCUGGUCAAAGUACAACAAGAGGCAUCCAAUGCCUUCCCUUCGUCGGCUAUGUCUGUCGCCGGGACCUAUACCUCUCGCUAUCCGUCUUCAUCGUACAAUGCCAACUCUUUCCCGAGCCGCAAAGGUAGGGUAUCUCCAACAUCUUCGAUCAUAUCUGGCUUCGAUCCACAAAGCACCUCUCGCAACACCUUGGAUGCCAUCCGAGCGGGUGAGCCUGUGGGUGGGGGCUCCGGAAUCAUGCCUAUGAUUCAAGCUCAGCGUGACCGGUUCAAGCAGAAGAACACGCAGUUAGAAGAAGAGCUCUCAAGACAAUACAACACGGUCUCCUCCCUUCGGCAGGAAAUUGCAUCCCUGCAAAAGGACAAUCUCAACCUCUACGAGAAAUCUCGCUACGUUUCCACCUACAGUCGAGGUGUGCCAGCCUCAUCAGCUUCGGCAUACGCGCAGCCUCCACAAUCCACAGCAAUAUCAGUGUCUGCAGAGACACCUUCAGGCCUCUCUUUAGACCGCUACCGCUCGACGUACGAAGCUAACCUUUCUCCUUUCGCCGCUUUCCGUGGACGCGAGUCUACAAGGGCCUACAAACGGAUGAGCCUUCCCGAACGCGUGGUCUUUUCCGUCACUCGCAUGAUUCUCGCCAACAGAACAAGCCGAAACCUGUUUGCGUUCUACUGCUUCUCAUUACAUAUCUUGAUAUUCGUGAUGCUUUACUGGAUGCAUUCUUUCGAUGUUUCCAACCACGCAAGCAACCUUAGCGCGGCGGUCGACGUGAUCGCGGCUGCAGGUGGCAAUCCUGGAGCGGACGCGCAGCACGGCGGUUGGCUUCAAGAGGGAUUUGAAGCUGGCGCAGGAACGUGA